AAAGCACCGGGAGAAGAACCGGGAGGAGGAAAAGCACCGGGAGAAGAACCGGGAGGAGGAAAAGCACCGGGAGAAGCACCGGGAGGAGCAGCAGCACCGGCAGGCUCCGCUCGAUGCGGCGCUGAGCCCCCGCGGCCCCGCGGAGCCAUGGCCAUGGUGGCCGGCGCUUGGGGCGAACCCAACGGUGGCGGAGCCGGUGGCACCGGAGGCGGCGGCGGCGGUGGCGGAGCGGAGGAGGCGGCGUCCCCCGGUGGCGGCGGCAGCGACGCGGAGCACGGCGAGGAGGAGCGGCCCGGGGCCGGCGCGGACUGCGUGGUGUGCGGGGACAAAUCCAGCGGGAAGCACUACGGCGUGUUCACCUGCGAGGGCUGCAAGAGCUUCUUCAAGCGCAGCAUCCGCAGGAACCUCAGCUACACCUGCAGAUCCAACCGGGACUGCCAGAUCGACCAGCACCACCGGAACCAGUGCCAGUACUGCCGCCUCAAGAAGUGCUUCCGAGUGGGCAUGAGGAAGGAAGCCGUCCAACGGGGCCGAAUCCCCCCCAGCCACUCCAGCAGCAGCCCCAACCCCCUCCCCACCGGCGACUUCUUCAACGGGCAGCCCGUGUCGGAGCUGAUCUCGCAGCUGCUGCGCGCCGAGCCCUACCCGGCGGCGCGCUACGGCUCGCAGUACGCGCCGCAGCCGCCGCAGCAACCGGGCAGCGUCAUGGGCAUCGACAACAUCUGCGAGCUGGCCGCCCGCCUGCUCUUCAGCACGGUGGAGUGGGCUCGCAACAUCCCCUUCUUCCCCGAGCUGCCCGUGUCCGACCAGGUGGCCCUGCUGCGGCUGAGCUGGAGCGAGCUCUUCGUGCUGAACGCGGCGCAGUCGGCGCUGCCGCUGCACAUGGCGCCGCUGCUGGCGGCCGCCGGCUUCCACGCCUCGCCCAUGUCGGCCGAGAGGGUGGUGGCCUUCAUGGAUCAGAUCCGCGUCUUCCAGGAGCAGGUGGAGAAGCUCAACCGGCUGCAGGUGGACUCGGCCGAGUACAGCUGCCUCAAGGCCAUUGCGCUCUUCACGCCCGACGCCUGCGGGCUGUCGGACCCGGCGCACGUGGAGACGCUGCAGGAGAAGGCGCAGGUGGCGCUGACCGAGUACGAGCGCGCGCAGUUCCCGUCGCAGCCGCAGCGCUUCGGGCGGCUCCUGCUGCGCCUGCCCGCGCUGCGCGCCGUGCCCGCCGCCCUCAUCUCGCAGCUCUUCUUCAUGCGCCUGGUGGGCAAGACGCCCAUCGAGACCCUGAUCCGCGACAUGCUGCUGUCCGGCAGCACCUUCAACUGGCCCUACGGCGCCGGGCAGUAGGACGGACGGACGGACGGACGGAUGGACGCACGGACGGCGGGAUGGAUGGAUGGAUGGAUGGAUGGAUGGAUGGAUGGAUGGAUGGGCAGCGGCGUGGGAUGGGCCGGACAAUGGGAUGGGCCGGAUAAUGUGGGAUGCUGGAUAAAAUGGGGUGUCUGGGACUGGCCGGAUAAUGGGACAGGCUGGACAGUGGGAUGGGAUGGAGAACGGGAUGGACAGACAGCGGGACAGGCCGGACAAUGGGAUGGAUGGACAAUGGGACAGGCUGGACAAUGGGAUGGGAUGGACAGACAGUGGGACGGGCUGGAGAAUGGGACAGGCCGGACAAUGGGAUGGAUGGACAAUGGGACAGGCUGGACAAUGGGAUGGGAUGGACAGACAGCGGGACGGGCUGGAGAAUGGGACAGGCCGGACAAUGGGAUUAAUGGACAGUGGGACGGGCUGGACAAUGGGAUGGACGGACAGCAGGGUGGACAGACAGCGGGAUGGACAGACAGCGGGACAGGCCGGACAAUGGGAUGGGCCAAAGAAUAGGGAGGGGCUGGACAGCGGGAUGGGACGGACAGACAGACAGACAGCGGGAUGGGCCAGAGGACGGGACGGACGGACGGACAGCAGGACGGGCCGGACAGCGGGACAGACGCUCCCCGGGAAGGGGGUUGGGAUUCUCCAGAGCGCCGGCGGCUCCCGGCCCCGCCAGAAUGGCAGAGUUGUGGGGUUGGCACCAAAGGUUUUGGGGUCCUGGCGCUGUCACCGGAAUUUUUGGGGUCCCGGCGUUGUCCCAAAAAGUUUUGGGUCCUGGCAUUGUCACCAAAGGUUUGGGGUCCUGGUGUUGUCCCCAAAAGAGGUCCCAGUGUUGUCCUCAAAUUGUCCCCGAAAUUUUUGGGGUCCCAGCAUUGUCCCCAAAAUUUUUGGGGUCCCGGCAUUGUCACCAAAGGUUUUGGGGUCCUGAGGUUGUUCCCAUAAGUUUUGGGGUCCUGGCUUUGUCCCCAAAGAGCUCCCAGUGUUGUCCCAAAUAGUUUCAGGGUCCUGGCGUUGUCCCCAGGGUGUCCCCAAAGACGGAGGGGACACGCGAGGGACACAGACCCCUCCCCGGGACUGUCCCCCCCCGACUGGCACCAGGACGAGCCAGGAUUUGGGACUUCGGGAUUUGGGAUUUCAGGAUUUGGGAUUUUGGGAUUCCGGAACCAUUCCCGGCCGAUGGAAUCCUCGCUCCGCCAUAUAAACUCAUUAAUUAACGCCAAUUAAAGAUGUUUCCUACAA